AUGCUUCUUCCUUACAGCACCUACAUUGUCCUCAUCACAUGCUGCACGACUCUCUUCUUGAAGCUAAAGUCCAAGGCCAAAUGGAGGCAGCUGGUAUCUAGCUCUUGUGACAAGGUUUCUCAUGUCAACAGAAAGGAGCUCAAGUCUGCAAGGAUGUUCAUGACUGUCUCCUUCAUGUGCGUGGUGCUUCUCCUGCCACAUUCUUUGAUAUUUUCUGCCACGAUCUUCAUUAGGGCUCUAGCGCUGAGUGGCACCAACAGUGACCUUAGUCGUGUUAUUAGUACCUUCACCAUCUUUCUGAAGAUCAGCUACUCUAGUUUUACUAUAUUCAUCUACUAUAACAUGAGUACUAAGUACAGACUUGAGUUUCAGAAAAUGUUGUCGAAAUUUCAGACUAGUAUACAAUUAAAACGGGAUGAUCACAAGUAA